GGGGGAAGGGAGGGAGUAAACUUGCGCCCCAGGAAACGGUGCGUGGGAAGGCUGAGCAAUAAAUUAAUAGAGGAAAGCAAACCAACCGAAGCUUCAACACAUAACCCCAACCAUUCUCUGAAACAGAUACUCUCAUUUCGACGGAAGAUCAUGGUUCUCUGGGAGAUUACCGUCGCAACCGCCUAUUUUUUGGGCCUCAAGCGAACUUAUAGGCUUGCUUUGAGGCUUCAGCGAAAGAUCAUUAGUGUCAAGCAUCCUAAGAUCCGUCAGUUCGCUCACAGACGAACACGUGCUGCAUUUGACGUAGCACUCAAAGUUCACCGGAGUAUUCAAGAAAGAGACAUAGAAGUGGGUCGUAGUGUCGGGAAUUUCAUUCUGCGGUGCCUAGAUCGACUGAAACCAUCAGCUCAGAUUCGUGGCCCUCCUUAUGGAACACCCAACAAUGGUGGUAACUCAAGUGUAGGCAUGACAAAGCUAAAUGCCACUCCCAAAGAGAAACCUAAGGGGUAUUCCAGUUUUUUCAGAAAGGACACUGACCGGCAUUUUUUUACCUCAUCAACUAAUAUAUGGCCAAAGUCCUUUCCAACCAUUGCAAUGAUGAUGCGACCCCCGAAUCCUGCUGGAACUUCAACCCAAUACAGGCGCCUAAGUAUGUCUACGUCUGAGGUUUUGCCAUCAAUUCACAGAGUGAAUUGGUCGGACCCUGUUGUUAGAAAGGACAUCAUGCAAUGGAUGCAGCGAACCUAACACAGCCGAUCUCUUUAUUCAUGACUUGUGAUGAUAGUUUUGGAGCUUGACAGGGUGUGGUUAAAUAAAAUUUUGUGCAAUGUGGUAAAUGCUGCUGGGAAUUGGUGUUGCUGGUCGAAUCUGAAUCCUACCGCGUUGCUUGAUUAAGGCAAGGAUUCUUAGCUUUAGCCAUUUUUCUUGUUCGUUUCUAACUGCUGUAUAGUUGUUCAGCGCAUCUUUUGGGGAAUUGUCAGUUUCCCCUUCGUCUACAUGGUUUGGUUAAAAGAACUAGUAAACAUUUUUGUGUUGGUUGCUGCAAACAUUGAGCCUCCCCCCCCCCCGGGGGGGAAAAAGCUAGACACAUUUUCACGUUUGUUACAUGGAAUGUGAAAAAUGAACUGUAUCAUUUUUGUGAAUAAUGUGGCUUAAUAUAAAUCUUAUUUUACACGCAUA